UAGAGAAAGCAACAAGACAUUGUCCAGGACAGAGAGAGCGAUUGAGGCGCACGGGCAGUGUAUGUAUAGCGUGUGAAUCGACAUUUUCAGCGGAAUAAAGAUUUCAAGUUUGGAGGAAUGAGUGUAAUCGGGAGAACAAUGAGGAACGGCACUGAACGGCACCGAGUAUGAUCUGACCUGGAUUCGGGUGAGGAGUUUGGGAAAGAUAGGGUGAGGGGGGUGAGGGCUGAUGAGGGAUUUACUGCAUUGCUGGGUCAAACAAACUACCCCCACCACUGAAGGGAAAAGUAGUAAAAGGAAAAGUGCAGCGACUGAGAAGAAGAAGAAAAAAAAAACAGAUCAGACAACGCGGCGAGGAAACGAUGGACAUAGAAAAGUGGUGUGUGCUGUGACUUCCUAAAGUGUAAAAGUGAGGUUUACUCUGGAACUGAAGCUGGAACAAUGUCACGUUCAGAUGAGGUCAACAAGAUGACAGAAAAUGUCUAUAAGGGUAUUCUGGACCAGUUUAACCCCAGUUUGAAGAACUUUGUCACUAUGGGGAAACACUAUGAAAAAGCCUUGACAGGGGUAACAGUAGCAGCGAAGGGAUACUUUAACGCACUGGUCAAACUAGGAGAGCUGGCCAGUGACAGCCAGGGCUCAAAGGAGCUGGGUGAUACGUUAUUCCAGAUGGCAGAGGUUCAUCGGCAGAUCCAGGUCCAACUCGAGGAUGUGCUGAAGCUGUUCCAUUCAGAACUGCUGUCUCAACUGGAACAGAAACUGGAGUUGGACAUCAAAUAUCUCACAGCAACGCUGAAGAAGUACCAGAGUGAGAGGAAAUCAAAGGUGGAGUCGAUUGAGCGCUGCCAAUCGCAACUCAAGAAGCUGCGAAGGAAGAGUCAAGCUAGUCGCCACCCAAACAAAUACGGAGACAGAGAGAUGCAGUAUGUGGAGUUGAUGAGUCGUCGGCAGGGGGAGCUGGAUACUCUGGUUGCCGUUGGUUACCGCUCUGCUCUGACAGAAGAGAGGAGGAGGUAUUGCUUCCUGGUGGACCGUCAGUGUUCAGUCACCAAGAUCCUCGUCAACUACCACUGCAAGGUGAGAGAGCUCUUGUCGCAGAAGCUGUCAUCUUGGCAACAGUCAUGCUCCCAGCCGACCAAACUACCAGAACGAGCCCUGAACCUGUUACGUCACACCGCCCCCCAGAGCUCUGGAGGAGCAGGACUUGCAGAGGUGCUGCGCAAUGCUAAACUGGGAAUCUCGCAAACUGGAGAACAAAGGCUGUCUGUACAGGAAGUCCCGCCUUUGUUAAAUGGUGACAGUAGCAGCCGGUUGCAGCAGCAGCAGCAGCAGCAGCGGUCAGCCCAGUCUGAAAACCUCUUCCAGUCUCUCCCGGGCCUUUCACCCAGCACCACUCUUCACCAGAACACCCACUCCCAGCACUCUUCCCUCCAGUCAGCAGCAAGCGUGCCUGGUCUACAGUCUCCACCCUCUGUCAGCCACACCUCCCCAUCUUCCCUCAGUUCUCUGCAGGGUCUCACCCCUCCUGUAACUGCCCCUCAUAGCCCCCCAUUGCCCCACAGUGCCCCUCUGUCCCGCGCCCUCACACCUGUGCCCUCCACACCCCUCCAUGAAGUGGCCAACUCACCCACCACCUUUAAUGUGCUGAAAGGAGCAGAGCUUUAUGCUACCUCUACUCUACCGUUGCCAAGGAGACAGCCCAGCGAGAUUAGGACAGGGUUCUUGGGCUCCACUCUUCCUCGUGUGCUCCCUCUCUGUCCUCCCUCUCGUGUGGAGGCCCUGUUCCUUCACUCUCCUGACUCCUCAGAGGGAGAGAAAGGAGGAGAAAGAGGAGGAGGCUCAUGUCUGCUUUCCUUCCUGCCGGGAGACACUCUGACCCUGCUGAUCAGCGAACCCAGAGACGGCUGGCAUUACGGCCAAAAUGAGCGCACUGGACGGAAAGGCUGGUUUCCCUUCUCCUACACACAGUCUUACCCAAACACAUCCGGACAACAAGAUGUCAGUCCCCCUCCCCUUUCUAAGGUGAACAGCACAAGCACAGGGCAGUUGGACAGGCUGCCUCCUGCUGGUCAGAUGCAGCAGGCCAGUCCUGACUCAGAGGACGAGAGGCGCGUCGUAUCCCAGCGUGUCAGCACCUUCAGGCCACGCCCCUACAGCAUGCUGAACCCUGAAACCAGCAAGAUGAGCCCUCUGCUUACAGGACAGCGCCUGAGGGACAGGAUGUCCACGGAUUUCACCUCCCCACCUCCGUCCCCGACCAGGAUCAAUCCGUUUGCCCAUAUUCGGCUCAAGAAGACGGUGACCAAUGAUCGCUCUGCCCCAAUUAUACAGUAGUACCUUCAAUUAUUGACAACCAGAGAGAUGCUGUCUAUAACAGGGCCACUAACGCUUUGCUAAGAGUACCUCUGUAUCACUGAAUAAGGUAUUCAACCUUUGAGAAGCAAGUUUUUGAUACUAGACUUUUCAUUCUUAUUUUUGUCCAUUUAAAUUCUGACAAUAACCAGUGUCAGAGAAUUAUAUACACAACACGUUAUCAGAAGUGGCUGGGGGUUGUUUGUAUCCAGGAGAAGCGCACAUGGGGAUGAAGUGUCGAAAUGACUUUAUAACAUUUGAUUUCAUAAUAUGCACAGCAGAUUCUUCAGUCUUUUAUAACAUAUAGUGUGAUGUAUCUUUCAGCAUGAUUUCUACAACACAAAGCAGGAAAUUACAAGAUGAAAAUGAUUACAAAUUAUUUUUGUGCUUUGUAGAGAUGCCCCAUUUAAAACAUCUGAUGAAGCAUUUACUGUUUAAACAUCAUGUUCUUUAAAUGCAUCAGAUUUAGCUAGAGCAGGACCCAUUCCUGCACCUGAAACAACAAAGAUUUAUAUUUACAUUUAUCGUUAUUGCCAGAUGCAUUUUACCGACUACAGGAGACACUUUCAAAGACACUGUAAUUAUGUGCUGCACUGUUUUGUAGCAUUAGGCAUUUUUAGCAGUUCUUUAGUCAAAAUUUAUAUUUUAUGGGGGAAAAAGUAUACAAAUGCAAACCUUAAUAGCUAUAUUUUUAUUGUUUUUAGACACUAAAUGGAAUAGUUCAGUCAACAAUAAAAAUGUCAUUAUUUUCUCACUCUAAUGUCAUUCCAAACCCUUAUGCUCUUAUUGUUUCUGUGGAGCACAAAAAGAGAAAUUCAUAAUGAUCUUUCUGAUUCAAAAACAGUGUGCCAUCACGGUUUUAACCCCACGCAAUGCACCACGUUUUGGAAAGGAGAAUGAGAUUUGAGAAAUACCGAGGAGGGGAUGAUUUUCAGUAAAUAAUGACGUAAAUUUCGAUCUGUUCCUCACACAAAGUUAUUGCCUUCAGGAGACAUGGAAUGUAGUACACAAGUCAUAUGGACUACUUUUGUGACGCUUUUAUAGUGACAGACGUGGUCGCUAUGAAUGUUCCAUGGCAUAGCAUAUGUGUUUGGAAUAACAUGAGAAUAAUGACAGAAUUUACAUAUGCCACAUGAUCAUACCGUCUGUCAUCACAAGAUACUUUCCCUAGAAAACCAGAGUUACUAAACAAGUUUUUGUUUUAUUGAAUAUAGACAAGCCGUCCUUGAACAUUCUGGGAGAAAUAGGUUGACUGCCUGGUGCAGUCAAGUAGAAGUAGGAAUCAGCUGAAUGAUUGAAUGGAAAAGUGUAGAGUAUUUACUGAAAGACUUGGUUAAGGGAAAAAGUACAUUGUUUUUGAAAGUCUGAAGUGAAGAGGCUCUCAGCUCGUCUCUUGUCCCCCCUUUACAAACAGUAUUGUAUAUUUAGUCAAAUCCUAAAUCUCAAAAACUAAAGUUUGUAGUCUUGAGUUGCAGCUGAUUCUAAGCAAGAGAUAUGAUAUGGCUAAGAGUGAAGCUGGUGUGUGCAGAGAGAGGACUUCUGAAAAUGUGCAAGAACGGUUUGGAGGAAGUGACGGUGGUAAAGUGCUGUAGCUGAAGUUUUGUAAAAUAGACAAAAAAACUCUUCUUUACACCUUUUUUUUUUUUUUCAUAAAUUUUAGAAAGAGUGGAUUUUGUUACGGUGUUUAUACCCAGCAAUUUGAAAUGAACUAAAAAUAUGAUGAUAUAGUAAUCGUAGUAAUUUGACCUUUGGGCUUGUUUAUCGUAGUUGUCUUAAAAGUUGCUUAUAAUAGUACGAUUUUGCACUGAUACUGACAUAACAUUAUUCUAAUUAUUAAUAAUGAUAAUCUUGUUCAUUCAAAACAAUAUUCUUCCACUUGAGGGUCUGUUUUAUUCUGAUACCUUCAAAUAUAAUAAUAAUAAAAAAAAAACAUUAUAAUUAGAUCUUAAGUUGAGUAAAGCAAAAUCAAGUUAAUCUACAACCUUAUAUA